AAGGGAGGUGGGGCUCUUGGCGUAUGGCUGCCUUUCAAAACUUUUCCACCUCUUCACAUAUUAGAGUUGAUGCAGUCCAGGCAACGACGUGUUCUCCGUGCAUUCGUCCGAACACAGCUCUUCGCUACUUGCUCAGAUAUUUUCUGUAAAUCUGUCGUCUGCCUGUGAAUGCGUGUGGACGUAAGCUAAUUCGGAUACGUAGCCUUUACUAUUUGCUGAAAGUAAGAGACUUUCUACAGCAUCACAAUGCAAGCUAUAAACUUGGACACCUAUAACCUAUCACUGCUAACUGCCAAAGAGGACAUUCUGAACUCACGAUCAUCAACCAACUGGGCAUUGUUCACAUAUGAGGGAGUCACCAACAACCUGAAGCUCUCCGAUUCUGGAGCUGGAGGGCUGACAGAGCUGGCCGAGAAGUUUCACAUUGCCAAACCCAUGUAUGGACUUUGCAGGGUCGGACUAACUGAAACGGGCCAGCCACGAAUAGUCAUGAUCUCCUGGGUCGGAGAGGAUGUGGAUGAGUAUCGGCGGACAGAGUGCAUGAGCCACGUGCCUGCAAUCAAAAACUUCUUCAAGGAAGCUCAAGUGUUUAUCAGUGCCUCUGGUAAAGAUGAGGUAACAGAGGAAAAGCUCGGUGCUGUCCUGGCAAAGGUCCGACCAACGAAGGAGAGGCUGAGACGCAACUCAAGACCGACGGAGAAAGAGGAGACAGUGGGCACGAAUUACAGGAAGACCAAUGCGGCUAUGGAGAUGAGGCGUAUUAACAGAGACUCCUUCUGGGCACGGGCAGAGCGCGAGGAAGAGGAGCGGAAGGAGGAAGAGAGGAAGAAGGCCACAGAGGAGCGGAGGCGCCUGGAAAGAGAGCGGGUACUGCAGGAGAGGAAGGAAGCAGAGGAAAGAGACCGAAAGAUGGAGGAGAAACUGCAGAUGAUCGAGGAACAAAAGAGAGCAGAAGCCAAGCUUGAAGAAGAAGCUAAAAAACAGGAGAAAACAAAAUGGGAGUUGCAGCAGAGAGAGCAUGAAGAGGAAAUGAGGGCUUGCCUCAGACGCAGUGAAUCCAUAGAGAAAGCUGCCGAGGCAGCAGCGCUCAUUUCACAGCGCUCCAUGAACCCAAGGGAGUUCUUCCGACAGCUGUCCUCAUCGUCGCUAAGCUCCUCCAGCCCUGUGUCCCCACGCACUGGCAAGCCUCCGUUCCGCCGAUAUCAGCGCAGUUUGACGGACACCGCUUUCAUCUUUGAGAGGGCCAGCACUGCCAGUGGUGGUCCCACUUCUCCUCUAAGUCCCUCUCUCACUUCCCCUUUCUCGCGCACACCAGCCAGCCCCUUCAAUCGUCCCACGUCUCCGCCCAGUCCUGGCUUCCGUCCAGUCACGUCUCCGCUGUGCCCUCGCAUGCCCGUGAGGUCACCCCCCGUGUCACCUGCCCAGCGGUCCGCCCCACCUCUCUCUUCUCUGCCAAACCUACCGAUCUCCAGGCCUCCUCCGCCCCGGUCCUCCCCGCCAGGCCUUCCUUCUUCCCAGGCCUCAAGUCAGGCCUCGGCACCCCCCACGUCUCCUGGACCAGCUGAGAAGGAACCGUCCCUUAACCCAGACGCCCCUUCCACAGCCCUGCCUGAGAAUCCAGUCCAAUUCAAAGAUCUCCUCACCAACACCAUGUUAAGCGAACUAACGCCAGAGGUCAACUUUAAAGCUGAGGAAACCCUGGUUGAAGAAGACGAAGAGGUGGUGGAGUUAGAGGAGUCAUACGCCAUUUCCCCUCCACCCUCAGAAACCAAAACAACACUGAGCAGUCUGGACAGAGGUGCACCAGAUCAGCCCCCCAGGCCGCAUUCGGAAGCCAAAGCUGAGACUGCGGUCGGCUAUCUUGUGGAGGUGGAGGAAGAUACAGAUGAAGAACCUGAUAAUGGACAGGUUGGAGUUGAGGAGACUGAAAGGUUCCAUGCAAAUCAGGACGAACUGGAACCUGGGCUAUUGGACAGUGAUGAACCAACCCUGGUGGAAAAUCCAGAAGAGGAGAUCGAGGAAGAGGAUACAAAUGGAACAGAAGUGUGUGGGAAGCCAUCUGGAAAUGGGCUGAUUGAUAAAGAUAAGCCAGACCAAAAUGGUCUUUAUCUUCAAAACGGCACAGCACAUUGGACUGAAAACCACACUGUGUCCUUUAUUAAGACAAGGGAUAUGUGGACUGCUUGGAGCAAAGCACACCAGAAAGGUGUUUCUAUACACUCAACUGUGAGAAUGUUGAAGAUGAAGAUGACAGCCGGGAGACAGAGGUGGCAUCAGAGAACGGAGAAUCGCCGGAAGGCAUGCCUCUCCUGUGCGUGCGUGCACUCUUUGACUACCAAGCAGAGGACGACAGCGAGCUUUCCUUUGAGCCUGGUGACGUCAUCAGCCACGUGGAAAUGGUGGACAAAUCCUGGUGGCGGGGCUACAGCAAAGAUGGCCGCCAGGGACUCUUCCCUGCCAACUACGUGGAGACCAUCUAAUGCCCUUUCACUUUGCCUCGGAGACGCUGCCUUGUGCCCUCGCAUUCAGCACCAACCCUCAGGGACCGAGAACUUCCGACUACCCAGUAGAGGGGGCCCAAAAUCCGCUCCCGGUCUAUUGGAUGUACUACAGCAGAGGUACAGAGAGACCAAGGGAACAACACGCAUCAAAAGGAUAGAUGUCCAAGACCAGACCUUGGCCAAAGUUUGUUGUACGAGGAGGAAUGGAGAGGCAGGUUGCUUGAUGUUAACCUGAACAGUCUACAGAUUAUUCUUGUUUACUUUUAUUACCCUACAGUUUUUUGCUUGGCAGAAUGACUGUUAUGUUUCUAACAUCUAAAUAGAAGUCAGGCGUCGUGUCUCCUUUCAUAUUUUUGAUACUGACUGAUAUAUGACUUUGUGAUAAUGUUAGUUAUGGUAACUACAGGCCUUCAUUACAACUGUGUUUUGAGCAUUAUAAAUGACAUUAUUUCAUGUUUGUGCUAGGGCUGUACCCUAUGUUAUCGUAAAUGGUUCUAUGGUGCUGCUGAGCAGAUUCUGAUCUUUAUAUAUAUAUCUAUAUAUAU